UAAUUAUAAAAACUUUUUUUUUUCUAAAAAUAUAAUUUUUUUAAUGCGCACACUUCAAAAAGUGUAGUUCAAGACACUGCAGAUGGUCGAGGAGUAAGGUGAAUUAGAUAGACAAUAAAAUUGACUGAAUUGAUUAUUCGUCUUUGUCUAUCUUACGCACACCUUUAGCACACCUUUAGUACAGAAGAGAACCACAAAAUCGUGAGCAUUACCUAUGGAAUUUAUUGGCAUUGGCUACGUAGUUCAAUGGCCACCUUAUAUAUAUAUAGGGAUACUCCAUAAUCAACCGAAACAGCUGAAUAGUGGUCAUGCAUGGUCGCUCUCUCAGUCUACUUUCUGUGUACAGUUGUACUAAAAUGGCGUUAGUACACACAGAAUUUCUUUAAGCAGUGUUACAUUUGCGGUUCCGCAGAUAAUUAUUUCUUUUUUUUUGUUCUCGUGUUAUUUACAUAUAUGUGUAAUUGACGUUCAUAUUUGAUUAUCUAUAUUUAAUGCAUAUAAUCUCAAUCGUAUCGUGAAGUAUCCGUUUUGUCCCGUGGGCAUAACAUACCAAUAAAAAGCGCGUUUUUGACAUUUUUUGACAUCUUUGUUAACAAAAUGAAGAAAUCUCAAAACCUUAAAAUGAAAAAAUAUGAGAUCCUGAAGCAUAUCGGCGAAGGUUCUUUUGGACAAGUGUAUAAAGCAAGAAAGCGUUCAGAUGGUGAAAUUGUGGCCUUCAAGAUGAUAAGAAAGUGUGGCAGAUCGUACAAAGAGCUCAAGAGUUUGCGUCAAGAAUGUGAGAUUCAACGUUAUCUGCGGCAUCCAAAUAUCAUACAGAUGAUAGAUUCGUUUGAAACAGAAAAUGAAAUCAUAGUUGUAACAGAAUAUGCAGAUAAGGAAUUAUAUGAUAUACUAGCCAAGGAGGGUAGAUUGUCCGAGGAAAGGGCACAAGUAAUUGCUUGUGAUUUGGUAUCUGCACUCUAUUAUUUACAUUCAAAUCGUGUGAUGCACAGAGAUCUUAAACCACAAAAUGUUCUUUUGGAAGCAAAUGGUAUAGCUAAAUUAUGUGACUUUGGAUUUGCUCGUAGUAUGAGCACUGGUACUCAUGUUCUAACAUCAAUUAAGGGUACACCAUUGUACAUGGCACCUGAACUUAUUGAGGAGUGUCCUUAUGACCAUAAUGCUGAUUUAUGGUCUUUAGGUUGUAUUAUUUAUGAAUUAGUGGUGGGUGCUCCACCAUUUCAAACUAACUCAAUAUUACACUUGGUUAAAUUAAUCAGAUUUGAAGCAAUAAAGUGGCCCGAUUUUAUCUCUCCAACUUGCAAGAGUUUCUUGCAGGGUUUACUUCAGAAAGAUCCUUCACAACGAUUAACUUGGCCAGCUCUUCUUGAACAUCCAUUUGUCAAAGAUCGAAUUAUAACUGAAAUAGGUGGCACCGUACCUACUUCAUUUACAAAUCCGCUAUCUGCAAGCCAAGCGAGAGCAAAGCAGCAACAAUUACAAAAUAUAGCAAUGCGUACUGCAAAUCAAUCAAAGGUUGUGGAGAAAGCAAUAAAAAAAUUACAAGAACAAGAGAGAAGACAUUAUGAAUAUCAAAAACGAACAUGUAUUUCUCAACCAGGUUAUUUGAUGUCACCUGCUUAUUGUCACCAUAUGAUAAACCACUGUCAAGUGUUACGUCGCAGCGAACCAAGUGGCACUGAUUCCAGCGCUAGUAUUGAUGUACUCUUAGGAAAUCUCAGCCUCAGAGCAUCUUUGAGAAGCGAUCUUUUAGCUGCAGAUCACGCUUUAUGUCAGAAUGAUUGUCCGCAUAGCGCAAACGUGCAGCACAGUUUCCCAAUUCUAGACGAUCACUCGAAGCCUGUUCAAACACAAACGGAUGACAGCCAUUCCGUACGACAGUUGAAUAAGGAAAUGUAUCACGCUAAUGCCCAAGGUGAUGGAAUCAAUGUAGGUCAACAAAUAGAAAAAUCUUUACACGUAGAUCAAAUUAUGCAUGGCGAUGGUGAUGGCAAACAAAGUUGCUUGAGCAUUGAUUACGAACAGGAAUUCGGUGAGAAGAACUUGAUUAAAAAACAGACUAGAUUGCCAGAUUGGGAUCCGAGGGCGGUUGAAAGACCUAUUGAAAACGAAGAAUGGAUUGCGUUUUUACAGAGAUCAAUGGAAGAAAUUAUGGAAGGUGAAAUUGACUCAUUACUACAACAAAAUUGUGUUUCGGUGUUUGUUUCUCCUUUAAGAAAUCCGGCAGCCGGUUGUCGCGUUGUCGAAUAUGUAACUUGUUUAUUAUCUCUGCCGUUUACCGUGUCAAUUAGCAAAGAGAAUCUAAAAAAAAUCGAACAAGUUUAUUUAGACGUGAGAGUAGUACCAAAUCUCGUUUACGCUAUAAAACUAUUGAUGUUGCAACGUUCCGAUAAUGAAUUAAAUGCGAUAAAUACAAUGAAUACGGGGACGAGAUCAGCAUCUUCUUUAUCUGCUGACGAACUUCAAGCACUCGAAUGCGCCAUGUUAGUUCUUUGUAGAUUGGUUUAUAUUGAGAAUCAAUUUCUCGUGCAAUUUUGCGACGCUAUUUACAUCGUGAAUGGAAUGCCACUUCUACAGCAACUGCUAGCUUUAGAAAAAAGAAAGGCAAGAGUCGUUGCAGAUCUCAUUGCUAUUUUAAAUAACGUCCUACGAUCACAACCUGAGAAUGCUGAACUUGUGGAACAAGUUGUGUUACGUACAAAAACUGCAGGAGCUUCAGUGGAGCAGCUCAAUAAACUUCUCAGUCACCGACAAACUAUCUUACGAGCAAGGACAUGUAUUAUGAUUAGAUUGUUAGGAAGAUUUUGCUGCAGAGCAUUACAACAGGUCUGGAAUAAGUCAUUAAGAGAUCUCGUGGAAGGUUUAAUUGAGGAUGAAGAUGAAUAUGUUCGACAAGUAAGUUUUUUAAUCAUUAUUACAUUACAUGUUUAUGGGAUUUUGUACAAUAUUAUUUUAGGCGGCUGAGGAUGCUGUAAAUGAAUUGAAACAAUUAACUUAUUACAAUUAGAAAAAUUUGUGCCUUAAGAAAUAAGCAGAUUGUUAGGGGCCAGUUUUUAAUACCAUUGUUGCUCAAAAAGUUUAAUAUAAUCUUUUAAGAUUAAAUACUUUAUUUUUUAACAGACUGAUUAUGAAUUACAGUUAAGAAAUGAAAUAUUUGUGAUAUUUUUAUAAAUUUACUUAUAAAAUAAUAAAUGUAUUUUAAUCUAAAAAUGUGAAAA